UAUCUUACGAGAAGUGGAUUGUGAAUCUUGCAAUGGACACUGUGCCCGCUCCCGCUUUUCCACUGCAGGAACGCCCCUGUGGGCUUUUUUGCAGCGACACGGGAACCAUGGCUUCCAGAUUUGCUUCGUUACCGGGGAUGAAACUUUUGUGAGAGUCGAUUUUGGAGUCGCUCUCAGUCUCACAAGUUUUUUGUUGGAUCCAACUGACUUAUUGACUGCACCACACACCACAUACAAACAUCAAUACCACAUAAACCUGGCCGACACACUUUUAUCCAACAACAAAAAUAUCCAACUCAGCAGUCAUCAUGUCCGAACCCAAGAACAAGCGUCAAAAGCGCGAGGACUACCGUGCCGCCCUCCGCGCCAAUGGAGUCACUGAGCUGCCGCGCAAGAAGUUCUACCGUCAGAGGGCUCAUGCCAACCCUUUCUCUGAUCACUCUUUGAUCUACCCCCCUACGCCAGAGCAGAUGGACUGGGCUUCUCUCUACCCUCACUAUGCAGUUGAAGAGCCUAUUGAGCAAAAGACUGAGGCAACUGAGUCUGAGGAAACCACGGGACAAGAGUUGUCGGCUCCUGCCAUCAGAAAGUUGACCAAGAAUGUUGAGGUGGCAGAUAUCGGCUGCGGUUUCGGUGGUCUGCUCAUAGCUCUGGCUCCCGUACUUCCCGAGACUCUUGUUCUAGGCUUGGAGAUCCGUGUCUCGGUAACACAGUUCGUGGAAGACAGAAUCAAAGCCCUGCGUGUGCAAAACGAGGAACAAAAGCUGUACCGCAACAUCGCCGUACUGCGCGCCAACACGAUGAAGUUUAUGCCCAACUUUUUCAACAAGGGCCAACUGAACAAGAUCUUCAUCUGCUUCCCGGACCCGCACUUCAAGGCGCGCAAGCACAAGCAGAGAAUCGUUUCCACGACGCUCAACUCAGAGUACGCGUACGUGCUGCGCCCCGGCGGCAUUGUAUAUACCAUCACGGACGUGCCUGACCUGCACGAGUGGAUGGUUGGACACUUCAACGCGCACCCGGCCUUUGAAAGGGUGUCGGAAGAGGAGCAGGAGGCUGAUCCGCUGGUUGAGAUUAUGCGCAACGAGACGGAGGAGGGAAAGAAGGUGACGAGGCAUAAUGGGCAGAAGCAUGUUGCCCUGUUCAGGAGACUGGAGGAUCCUCAGUGGCCGGAGGAGGUUUCUGCUUGAGCGCACUCUGGGAACAGGGAAAGGAGGCUAUAGAUGUGACAAAAUGCACAAUGUUGAUGAUACCCACGUCCCUUUGGUUCCUACAAGAGCAAAACACCUGGAUGCG